AUGAAGCAUGAGGCUGAAGCUCUGGAAAAGAAAAUAAAAAAUUUAACCAAGUCAUUUUACAUUUACUGCAAGAUAAAAGGAGAACCGAGUUGUUCUGAUACCAUUGAAUUGCUUAAUGAUCAUCUAAAGAAAAGAACUUGCUGCAGAUUUAUAUGUCAGUAUAUGCAGUUGUGGGAGGUUGAUUUGCAGAAUAGGAAUGGCCGUCACAAUGUUGUUCUCAAUUACCAUGAGUUCAUCAGUCGGAGUCUCACAUUAAACACUGGUCCAAAUUCAAGCAUUUUUGUUGCAAACAAAUUGAAUGAUAUAAACAUCAGUAAGAACUUCCCAAACAUGGAUGCUUGCUCUGCAUUUGCUUUCGUCUUUAACCAUGAAUACACUAAGAAAUAUGCUGUGCCCAAAAAUCUGGCACAAGAAACUCAAGUAAGUACUUCUGUCUCAUAAUUGCUUGUGUCUCCUACUUUUCUCUUCUGAGG